AUGGCAAUUGUCCGCAGUGACAAAAUUGACUGGGGAAGCGUCCUAUUGGAACAAUUUUGCCAGAUGGUGGCCAAAACGAACGGUCGGGUUCAAGCCUAUGCCAUUCAGAUUGGGAAGAUUCUGCGUUUUCUUCACGUCGAAAUCGGAGAAGACGAUGUGCCGAGUAUUCUGCAGAACACUGAUCAGGUUGGAGCAACCGGUCAGACUACAGCCAACUUGGCCAAAGAAGCGGUCAACACUGAAAACAUCAUUCCUCCGACGCGGGAGGGACACAACGAAGAAAGUGAACCAUCCGGUUCGGUUGGGGACAAAUCUGUUCCAACCGGAUCAAACUCUAAAGCGGCCCAAGAUGGGCCAUCCAAUCCAUCCAAUACACCUGAAGGUCCAUCUCAGGUUUCCAAAGGAAAAGAAGUAAUGAUCGAAGACACUCCGGUGCAAGAGUUCACACUAGACGCUGAAGUACCCAUUUCAGAAGAAGAGGAGGAAGCAAUAUUCCAAGAGUUCAUUCGGGACAUGAAUAUGGAGGCUGACGAAAUAGUCGGCCCGUAUCACUUAUGGGAGGCUCUCAAACUCACAGGGAACGGGCAAGAGGGACCUCAGCCGCAUGAAACUGAAAACGAGGAUAACUGGGGCAAAUCUCCAUCUCAGACUGAUCAGAAUCUGGGACUUGAGCAAAUAAAAGGGGUUAUUGUCGAUACAAUCACCUCCUCACUUAACGAAUACAGCAUAGCUACGGACGCCAAAAUUUCAACCAUACAAGCCGAUCUAGUCGAACCAGUUCGGGCAUCCAUUCACGCUGAAAUAGUUGAAACAGUUCAAACAUCCAUCAAGACAACGAUUGAUAAAUCAGUUGAAAUGGCAACUGCACUGCUUCUUGAGAUGAUGCAAGCGAUGGCAGCUCAGAUUGAGGAGCUGACUAAGCUGCAAGCGGCUAGAACUCAAGAGAAGAUUCGUUUAGAUGCCGAAACAGCUCGCCGAAUUCAUACCGAAGAGGAAGACAUGGAACGGUUGAGAAAGGAAACGGAAGACAAUGACUUAAUGCUAGCCAAGAAACUCGCUGAGGAAGAAAAAGCCGCUCAACCGGAACCCACGGCAAUACAAGCUCCGCACUCAAUGUUAACUAGGAAGAAGGGUAAAAGAAAGCAGAUUGCGAGUUUGAUAAAACAGGUGGAACGAAGCGGCAUUGAAGAUCAUCAACCAGUUGGUCAGUCCGAGGAACCUGUUGAUGAAGAAGAAGAAGAUGAUGGACAACUCAACCUGAGGAAGAAGAAAGUAGUUGAGUCAUCAAUCGCAUCACCAAGCCUUGGACCGAAUAACUACUCAAUCAUCUCAACCACCUAA